GGGCAAAUCCAAAUUAACAUCCAACGGACGACUCCAAUUAGAAAAUUCACGAAAUUCACGAAAUUCCCUCUCCCUCUCUCUCUCUCUCUCUCUCUCUCUUCCUCGAUUAUCUUAACGCGCUUUCGAUUUUCCUCUCCUACUCGGAGGUCCGUUUUUCUGUGCAAUCGGCAAUGAGUGACCACCUCGUGUUGUACGUUGACCGCCUCCUUCGGCCAAUGGCAGCGCAGCCGCCUUCCGAGCCUGCUGAGGCUGGUUCUGUGCCUGAGCCGGCUGGACCGGAGCCAGAACUGGAUGCCGCCGGGCCUUCUUCGAGUUCGUCAUCGGAGGAGGCGGAUGAGGAGGAACCGCUGAUUCAGACGGCGGAGUGCCGCAUUUGCCAGGAUGAGGAUAGCGUUAGCAAUUUGGAAUCUCCUUGCGCCUGUUGUGGCAGCCUCAAGUAUGCUCAUAGAAAAUGUGUUCAGUAUUGGUGCAAUGAGAAAGGGGAUAUAACUUGUGAAAUUUGUCAUCAGCCUUACCAACCUGGCUACACUGCACCUCCUCGUCCACCAUCUGAUGAAACUACUAUUGAAAUUGGCGGUGGCUGGACACUUUCUGGCACUCCCUUGAGUUUGGAUGAUCCACGCAUUUUGUCAAUUGCAGAGGCAGAACGUCAGUUUAUGGAUACUGAAUAUGAUGAUUAUUCUUCAAGUAGUAGUGGAGCUCCAUUCUUUCGUUCAGCUGCCUUAAUUCUUUGGUUUUUUAUUUUGCAGUUAAUGGCCCUUCUAAUCUUGCGGCAUGCAUUGAGGGCCUCAGUUUCUGACUCCGACUCUGGGGAUGACAGUGACACAUCUGCCAUUUUCUCUCUUUUCUUGCUUAGAGCAGCUGGCUUUCUACUGCCCUGCUAUAUUAUGGCUUGGGCCAUCAGUAUCUUGCAGCGUCGACAGCAAAGACAGGAGGCCGCAGCAAUGGCAGCAGCCCAAGUUGCUUUUGUUCUUCAAUCCGGGCAACAUAGGGGUUUACAAUUUGCGGUAGCACCAGGACCCAGUGGAACUCCACAUCCAGAAACUGCACAUCAAGAAACUGCCUAAUUUAUGAAGCCAACAAAAUGCCAGAGAGUUUCCGGUGCCAUGGUGAGGGCGAUUCAGCGGAAAGUAGUGAACAAUAAAUGAAAACGUUUAUGUUUGUCGAAAAAUAUGAUGGAAACAAAAAAAGUGUAAAACAUUGGAGAAGAGAGAAGGCUAUGUCAGUCAGGUCUGGGUUCGUUCCAUCUUCGGUUGUCCUGUAUUUCAUGUAUGUUUAUGUACAUUAAUUUCGUCCAACCUGAGAAAGAAAGAAAAAAUUUCUCCAA